AUCUAGAAUCAGCAUCAGAAACUGGAUAUCGUCUCCCUCCCCGUGAGAUUAGAGAUAUUGUUGAUGCUCCACCACUUCCAGCACUAUCAUUCUCUCCAUUGAGGGAUAAAAUACUGUUUCUUAAGCGGAGAUCCUUGCCACCUUUGUCAGAUUUAGCAAGACCUGAGGAGAAACUUGCUGGAGUCCGCAUCGACGGGAAAUGUAAUACCAGGAGUCGCAUGUCUUUCUAUACUGGUAUAGGGAUCCAUCACUUAAUGGAAGAUGGUAGCCUAGGACCGGAAAAAGAGAUCCAGGGUCUCCCAGAAGGUGCUAGAAUUAAUUUUUUAACAUGGUCAAAUAAUGGUCAGCAUUUAGCCUUCACUGUCCGUCUUGAUGAGGAUGAUGGCAGCAGCAGCAAACUGAGAGUAUGGGUUGCUAAUGUGGAUACUGGGAAAGCUAGACCUCUUUUCGAGUCACCAGAUAUAUAUGUAAAUGCUGUUUUUGACAACUUUGUUUGGGUGAAUGACUCAACUCUUUUGGUAUGUACCAUUCCAUUAUCUCGUGGAGAUCCACCAAGGAAACCUUUGGUUCCCUCUGGCCCCAAGAUUCAAUCUAAUGAGCAGAAGAAUGUUAUUCAAUCUAGAACCUACCAGGAUCUGCUCAAAGAUGAAUAUGAUGAAGAUCUGUUCGAGUAUUAUGCUACUACACAGCUGGUUUUGGCUUCUUUAGAUGGGGAAAUAAAGCCUUUUGGUCCACCAGCUAUAUACACGUCAAUGGACCCAUCUCCGGACCAAGCAUACAUUUUGUUAACCUCAACUCACAGGCCGUUUUCAUUUGUUGUACCAUGUGGAAGGUUUCCCAAAAAGGUUGAAGUGUGGAAGGCCAAUGGAGAAUUUGUGAGAGAACUUUGUGAUUUGCCCCUUGCAGAAAAUAUUCCCAUUGCAUUCAAUAGUGUGAGGAAAGGGAUGCGAUCAAUCAAUUGGAGAGCAGAUAAACCAUCGAAUCUCUAUUGGUAUUUGCACAUUGAUUUGUNUAUACUCUUUGAUCGAUCAUCAGAAGAUGUUUAUUCUGAUCCUGGUUCUCCUAUGUCGCGGAGAACUCCUGCUGGAACUUAUGUUAUUGCAAAGGUGAAGAAGGAAGAUGAUGGGGACACUUAUCUAUUAUUAAAUGGAAGUGGCGCUACCCCGGAAGGAAACAUUCCGUUUCUUGAUUUGUUUGACAUAAAUACAGGCAGUAAGGAACGAAUCUGGCAGAGUAACAGGGAAAAAUAUUUUGAGACUGUUGUUGCUUUGAUGUCUGAUCAGAAAGAAGGGGAAUUGUCAAUAAAUAAGUUGAAGAUACUCACUUCUAAAGAAUCCAAAACUGAAAACACUCAGUACUACCUUCUGAGCUGGCCAGAGAAAAAAGCAUGUCAGAUUACAAACUUCCCUCAUCCAUACCCACAGUUGGAAUCGUUGCAAAAAGAAAUGAUCAGGUAUCAGAGGAAGGAUGGAGUUCAACUUACUGCGACCCUAUAUCUUCCACCAGGUUAUGAUCCCUCGAGAGAUGGACCCCUCCCAUGCCUAGUAUGGUCAUACCCAGGAGAAUUUAAGAGUAAAGAUGCAGCUAGCCAAGUUCGAGGUUCCCCUAAUGAGUUUGCUGGCAUUGGGCCAACAUCCCCCCUCCUAUGGUUAGCAAGGAGGUUUGCUGUCUUAUCAGGGCCGACAAUUCCAAUCAUCGGAGAGGGUGAUGAAGAGGCCAAUGACAGGUACAUAGAACAACUUGUUGCAAGUGCUGAGGCUGCAGUGGAAGAAGUUAUACGCCGUGGAGUGGCCGAUCCAAACAAAAUUGCUGUUGGUGGUCAUUCCUAUGGGGCAUUCAUGACAGCAAACCUCCUUGCACAUGCACCUCAUCUUUUCUGUUGUGGAAUUGCUCGGUCUGGUGCUUAUAACAGAACACUAACACCUUUUGGGUUCCAGAACGAGGAGAGAACACUUUGGGAGGCGACCAAUACUUAUGUUGAGAUGAGCCCUUUUAUGUCAGCCAAUAAGAUUAAGAAGCCUAUCUUGCUUAUCCAUGGGGAGGAGGACAACAAUCCAGGAACCUUGAUGAUGCAGUCAGAUCGUUUCUUCAAUGCACUUAAAGGUCAUGGUGCACUUUGUCGCCUUGUAAUUCUUCCAUAUGAGAGUCAUGGUUAUGGAGCACGAGAGAGUAUAAUGCAUGUACUCUGGGAGACUGAUAGGUGGCUCCAAAAGCAUUGCGCCUAUUCUUCAGAUGUCAAGGCAGAUCUCAAUGCGUGCAAGGACAAUGCAGAAGGGACAGUAGAUUCACAAAGCAAAGCUGUUGGUGCUGCUGGAGGUGUUCAAGAGCUUGCAAAUUUGGAUGAUGACAAAUUUCACUCUAUCAGAAGAUUUCAUGGUGACAAACUACCUGGAGAUGAAGCCAGGAGUCACUGAUAAGGUCCGCCUGUGACCACUUAUACAGCAAUUCUAUUGCAACAAUAAGUACCCUGAUGAAGGAGUGCAGGUCAGUUGUUUUCAUAAAACGCUGUGCUUCUUUAAUGUCAUGGACAGUGAUGGCCUCAUGGGUGACUAUACUGCGUUCUGCUUUGCGUGAUUACAAUUUAGAAGUGUAAAGCUAUUGUUUACUAAUUACAGGGACAGUUCAUAUUGGAUAUUGUAAACAUCUUUGUCUGUGUACAGCAAUUAGAAAUUGUUUAUUGAAUACUCAAUAUAUUACUGGGUUGUGAUUUCGUUUUAA